AUGCUCGGCUCUGUUUACACGCCGCCAUGGCAACAGGGAGGGUCCAAAUCGGCGGGGGGGGGGGGGCUGGGGCGGCUGUGGGAGUCAGACGGGAAAGCUGUGCCACCCUCUGGCUGCCCUCCAACGGCCCUUCGACCGCUGUCUGACCGCCCUCCAGCCACCCUCGAGCCGCCCUCCGACCGCCCUCCAGCCACCUUCGAGCCGCCCUCCGGCCGCCCUCCAGCCAGCCUUCGACCGCCCUCCAGCCACCCUCUGGCCGCCCUCCAACCGCCCUUCGACCGCUCUCCGACCGCCUUCCAGCCACCCUCGAGCCGCCCUCCGACCGCCCUCCAGCCUCCCUUCGACCGCCCUCCAGCCACCCUCUGGCCGCCCUCCAACGGCCCUUCGACUGCUCUCCGACCGCCCUCCAAUCACCCUCGAGCCGCCCUCCGACCGCCCUCCAGCCACCCUUCGACCGCCCUCCAGCCACCCUCGAGCUGCCCUCCAGCCACCCUUCGACCACCCUCCAGCCACCCUCGAGCCGCCCUCCAGCCACCAUUCGACCGCCCUCCAGCCACCCUCGAGCCGCCCUCCAGCCACCCUUCGACCACCCUCCAGCCACCCUUCGACCACCCUCCAGCCACCCUCCAGCCGCCCUCCAGCCACCCUCCAGCUGCCCUCCGGCCUCCCUCGAGCCACCCUCUUGCCGCCCUCCAACCGCCCUUCGACCGCUCUCCAAACGCUCUCCGACCGCCCUCCGACCGCCCUCCAGCCACCCUCGAUCUGCCCUCCGGCCGCCCUCUGGUUUCAUUCUGA